GCUCUCGGCAGGAGAGAGCGGGACUGCGCCGAGCGGGAUCCCGGCGAGAGCUCAUCCCACCUCCUGCGCUUCCAGAGCAGCUGCCCAGCCGGAUCGGGUGCUCAGGGAGGGAACCGCUGGGCUAUGGAAUACAGAUGUGUGAAUUCAGAUAGCUAAACGGUGCUUGGAGAAGGAAUCUAACAUGCUUCCCUAUAAAGCAACAUUUUAAAAGCCAGGUGCCUAACUAUAAAGAUGCAAAAACGUAAUAUCCAUGAAGAUCCUAUUACCUAGGAAGAAUUUGACAUUUUGCUGCGAAUGCUGUGUUGGGAUUGAUUUAUUCUUGGAGUGUUCUGCACGGCUGGCAAAGAAUAAUGUUUCAAAAUCGGUCCAUCUCCCAAGGGGUCCAAUUUUUCUUCCUGGGUGUCAGCGAGCCCUGACUCACUCCAGUGCAGCUGACAGGGGCUGCCAUGCUUGUGGCACACUAAGCAAAAAACAAAAGACCUAAGGACGACCUUUGAACAACACAAAGGAUGGGUUUCAAUGUAAUUAGGCUACUGAGCGGAUCAGCUGUAGCUCUGGUAAUAGCCCCUACUGUAUUACUGACAAUGCUUUCUUCUGCUGAACGAGGAUGCCCUAAGGGCUGUAGGUGUGAAGGCAAAAUGGUUUAUUGUGAAUCUCAGAAAUUGCAGGAGAUUCCCUCGAGUAUAUCUGCUGGUUGUUUAGGUUUGUCCCUUCGAUAUAACAGCCUCCAAAAACUAAAAUACAAUCAAUUUAAAGGUCUUAAUCAACUCACCUGGCUCUAUUUAGACCAUAACCACAUCAGCAAUAUUGACGAAAAUGCUUUCAGUGGAAUACGCAGACUAAAAGAGUUGAUCUUGAGUUCCAACAGAAUCUCCUAUUUUCUUAAUAAUACCUUCAGACCUGUGACAAAUCUCCGGAAUUUGGAUCUGUCAUACAAUCAGCUGCAGUCUCUGGGAUCUGAACAGUUCAGGGGCUUAAGGAAGCUGCUGAGUUUACAUUUGCGGUCCAAUUCCCUAAGAACCAUCCCUGUUCGAAUAUUUCAAGAUUGUAGGAACCUUGAACUGUUGGACCUGGGUUACAAUCGCAUCCGAAGUUUAGCAAGGAAUGUCUUUGCAGGUAUGAUCAGACUGAAAGAGCUUCACCUGGAGCACAAUCAAUUUUCUAAGCUCAACCUGGCACUUUUUCCAAGGCUAGUCAGCCUUCAGAACCUUUACUUACAGUGGAAUAAAAUCAGUGUGAUAGGACAAACUAUGUCCUGGACCUGGAGCUCACUACAAAGACUUGAUUUAUCUGGCAAUGAAAUAGAAGCUUUCAGUGGACCUAGUGUUUUUCAGUGUGUGCCCAAUUUACAGCGCCUCAACCUGGAUUCAAACAAGCUCACAUUUAUUGGUCAAGAAAUUUUGGAUUCUUGGAUAUCCCUCAAUGACAUCAGCCUUGCCGGCAAUAUAUGGGAAUGCAGCAGAAACAUUUGCUCCCUGGUAAACUGGCUUAAAAGUUUUAGAGGGCUGAGGGAAAACACCAUUAUUUGUGCCAGCCCCAAAGAGCUGCAAGGGGUGAAUGUUAUUGAUGCAGUGAAAAACUACAGCAUCUGUGGCAAAAGUACCACAGAAAGGUUUGAACUAGCCCGAGCUCUCCCAAAGCCAACGUUUAAACCAAAACUCACCAGGCCUAAACACGACAGCAAGCCCCCUCUGCCCCCGACUAUCGGAGCCACCGAAUCGAGCUCCGAGCCCGAGCACGACACAGAACACAUCUCCUUCCACAAAAUCAUAGCAGGCAGCGUGGCUCUUUUCCUGUCUGUGCUUGUGAUCCUGCUGGUGAUCUAUGUGUCAUGGAAGCGCUACCCUGCCAGUAUGAAGCAGCUGCAGCAGCGCUCGCUCAUGCGAAGGCACAGGAAAAAGAAAAGACAGUCGCUGAAGCAAAUGACUCCCAGCACGCAGGAAUUUUAUGUAGAUUACAAACCCACCAACACCGAGACCAGCGAGAUGCUGCUGAACGGAACGGGACCCUGCACGUAUAACAAAUCAGGCUCCAGGGAAUGCGAGAUACCAUUGUCUAUGAAUGUGUCAACAUUUCUUGCCUAUGAUCAGCCCACGCUCAGUUACUGUGGAGUGCAUCAUGAACUGCUUGCUCACAAGCCCUAUGACUCAAAUAACCAGGAAGAAACAGUGGAAACACACCUAGAGACUGAUCUGGACCUGAGCACAAUCACCACAGCAGCCCGGAUCAAGGACCACAGUCAGCAGUUGGCUUGAAUGGGGGCCGGGAGGUUUUUUUGUUGUCGGGGUUUUUUUCCUGUAGCAGAGGCUGCAACCAAAUUCUAUGUAACAGUAUGGACAGAAGUGAGAAGACAUAAUACUAUGGAUUCUAAGAUUCCUGUUCAAAUUAAAAACCAAUCACAAAGAUUAAUUGUUUCAAGUCUACAAUUUGUAAUUAGUUAAGUUGUGCAGUAUUUUUUGACUUCAGAGUCUGACCCUUGAAGUGAAUCUUUUUCAAAACUCAUCCUACCUACCUGUAUAAACUGUACAGAUGUAAUGUAUUUUUCAUAUUGUAAAGUUUCAAUUACCAAGAACAGCUGGUAUGUACAGUGUCAUAAUUUAAUUACAUCUUAUUUUACAAGUUUCAGUUUCUAAAGUUUCAAAUUAACAAGUUAUUUCUUGUGUUAUUCAGUUACUCUGUUUUGUAGGGAUCAUUUUGUUACUGCUUUUGUGCCCAGAAAACUUUAACCUAAAAUUCUGUCCUUUGCAGAAUAUGCACCAUUUUUACCGUGUUUAAUGUGUAGAAUUUUAUCUACUGGUUCCAGAGGGAGGGUUUAACUAUUCACUUCUAAGAAAUUCUUGAAAUAUAUAGCCAAGUUUUCCUAGAAAUGAUAAUUUAAAAAAAAAAUUUAAAUUCUCCUCAAACUUACCUGUUGCCUUGAAAUACAGCCUGAUUUCUAAGUCACAAAAAUGUAUCGACACAUUUUAACAACAAAGUUUAUGUAUGCAACUCUUAGCUAGGGCUGGUGAUGUCUUGUAAAGUCUCAGUGUUCUGCAAGACAAUAUGGACAGGAGACUUCAAUAAGCAGCUACAAAACCUACUGUGAAAGUAGAGUCUGCCAGAUCAGGCACUUGCACUUCUUCUUAAAGACAAAUGGGUCCAAAAUCUACUUAUGCCACAGACAGCUGCUGACAGAAGUGGCAACAGAAACAAGCCCUUACACUACUCAGAAAAUGUAAAAUAUUAAUCAAAAGUAAGAAACAUCUAUUUGCUGAAAAAUAUAGUAAUUUGGAACAAAUGGUACAGGUUAAUAGGCCCUUAGCAUUGUGAUACAGCAAGCUAAGGAAAAAAAACCACCAAAACCUUUAAAUAAUAAAAAAAAAUUAAUUCAUUAUUACGUCUUUACCAAUUACUACAUUACCUUUUUGUCUAUCAAUAUCUGGGUCAAAGCAUUCUUAUAUCCCAUUCUUUGGUUUUAAAUCCUCAAGGCUUCUCAAUACUGUAUGAGAGUAACUUUUAUACCAAUACCCUCAUGUCGUAAUCAUCAAAGAUCACAGAAAUUAGGUACACAUUAUAUCAUGCCAACUUGGUGAAAUUCAAAAGGGAACGUGAGCCUUCCAAAAUAUAGGAGAAAAACGUUUCAUAUGGUGAAGCAACUUUUUUAUAAUAAAGAGAAAUUAUAUAACC